CUCUGGAAAGUCCAGGAUGGAUUUUAGACAUUGUCUUUCGAGUUCCGAAAUUGGUUCAUACCAGUCAAGAAUCAUCUUUUGUGAUUGCUGAAGUUGGAACAUCUGAAAAUGGAGCUGUGUUGGUGCUUCAGAAGCAAAAAGAUAUUGAAGUGUUUAAGUUGCAUUACAAGAAGUUAUACAAUGGAUCACGUUAUGACGUUGCUCAGUCACGUGACAUCUCAACAGAUUUUCUUCAGUGGACACGACUCACAUUAGUUGUGUAUGAAGACGCUGUCUUAUUUCUAAACGAGACAAUGUUUGAUCGAGUUAUAGGAGAGUGGAAUCAAACUUUACCUCUGACGACUAUUGGUGCUUUGUGGUCAAGGAAUAUUUUUAAUGUUAAUGAUCUUCAGUUGAAACAAUUUCAAGUGUUCUCAAUGUCACCAUCUUUCUGGAUACUUUAUAAAGAUUGUGAACACAUUAAUAUCAGUCUGUAUUGUGUUCAGUGCAGGAACACUCUCAAAAUUAGUGAUUGUGUAUAUUCGACUGUUACAAGUACAUCAUUAUCACAAGACAUCGAUAAUUACUCUACAAGUAACUACCCUACACAGUCUCAAUCGGAUGGACAUUCAUCUGGGUCAGGAGUGAGACCACUUGCUAGCUCAAGCACUUCAACUUCUAGUUCAUGGACUUUUUCUAUGACACCUUCAAGAGCAACGUUUUCUCCGAAGAUUUCUGGUCGAGGCGUGUCAACAUACUCAUCUGUUGAAAGACCAACAGUCAAUUCCAUUGGAGCCAUGUCAGAAGCAACAGAUACAGUUGUAUCUUCUGAUGUAUCUACUGAACUAGCAUCCAGUUCUAAAUUGAUUGGACCAAUUUCUUACACUGUGACACAUCUAGCAGUGGGAAGCGUGGAGUUUCACAGUACUCAGGUUACUGACAUGAAAGAUAAUUCUGUCAAUUUGAAUACAGACCCUGCAUUGUCUGUUGGGAUUGGAGUUAGUAUGGGUGCUGCAGCUGUGUGCCUUUUGCUGCUUACAGUAGUUGUGCUGGUGUAUUGUGUUUGGUCACGACAGAGAAAGGAAAGGUUGUUCAGCCCAACCUCACCACGUCAGGAAUGGGGAAGCUAUGGUGAUUGGCUGUAUAGACCAACAUAUUCAGAACCAUCCUCAAGCAAUGAAGUUGCAGUUGGCUACUUGCAACCUGUUUCAUCAGUUCGGCCAUCGCAAGGGCGACCAUUUCAAGUUCAUUCAGCAGAUGACGGUGACUAUGAGUAUGCUUAUGCUUAUCUAGGACAAGAAGUCGGCAUAUCUACAGGAAGUGCUUCUCAGAAUAGUAGAACAAGUGAUCAUCAACGAGGCGAAAGUGUGAUAAUAGAAAAUUUAUAUGCUACAGUCACCAAGUACAAGAAACACAAGACAGCUGCAGUCACAGAGAUAUUAGAUGCUGUUUCAACUCAUACUAAUGAAGAAGUAAAUGGUGUAGACCUGGAGGAAAUAGAUCAUCAGUCUGCUUAUUCAAAUGCUGAAGAAUCCUACCCAGCUCACCAACCUAGCAAUAUUUAUCGAAUUUUGGAUUCGGCUGCUGAAUAUGAAAGUCAUUUAAAGAAUGAAGACAACUACUGGAGCCCAGCUAACAGUGAGCAAGAUCUGUAUGCUCAACUAGGUACUGACACUUUUCUAAAAAUUGAUGAAGAGAGUGUAAGACUAGAAGAGACAAUAGGGUCAGGGGAGUUUGGCAUCGUAAGCCGUGCGUUAUGGUAUCAGAACAGUAACGUGGUUACUGUUGCUGUAAAGACAUUAAAGUCAAGGAAAGAGGAUGAUCGUGUUCGAUUCUUUCAGGAAGCAGCUAUUGUUGGCCAGUUUUACCAUCAAAAUGUUGUUGCAUUACAUGGAAUCAUCCUGCCCACUUCUGUGAUAACAGAAGAUCAUCACAUUGUUUUUGAGUAUAUGUCUAAUGGUGCUUUAAAGGACUAUCUUGUGACAUUGAAACUUCUUGAACCUGGAAAUGAGGCAUUAUUGGACUUGCCAAAGCGGUUUCUGAUGAUGAUGCGAGACAUUGCUUCUGGCAUGGCAUACUUGGCUAAGAAAAGUUUUGUUCACAGGGACCUGGCUGCUCGUAAUAUAAUGUUGGAUCACACUUUCACAUGCAAGAUUGCUGAUUUUGGACUCUCUCGAGAUCUUGCAAAUGACUACUAUGUAGUGAAACGUGGUGGAAAAAUACCUGUGCGUUGGACAGCUCCAGAAGCCAUAAAGCAUCGUAAGUACUCAUCUUCGAGUGAUAUUUGGAGUUAUGGUAUUGUGGCUUAUGAGAUCUGGUCACUUGGCGAACGACCGUAUGGGAGUUGGAGUAAUCAAAUGUAUUUUCAGUCUGUAAAUUUUAUGUUUGAUAAAUAG